AUGUAUCGUUGUGCUACGGGCAAACUCCCCGUGAGGGCUGCUCGAGCUUCGAGGUCCUUAUGUACUUCUUCCAUCUCACCGGCUGUUGCUGGAAGCCGCCAGAAUGCUCUCAUUGUCGGGAGAAAACCUCUCACUGUCAUGGUCCGCAGCUCACCGCAGCGCAGGAGCUAUGCCAUGGUGGCCGAGGAAACGGAUAAGGGCGUGGAUCCCAACGACUCUUUCCUCCAAGGAAAUACCGCGAACUACAUCGACGAAAUGUACAUGGCCUGGAAACACGACCCCUCCUCCGUCCAUGUUUCAUGGCAAGCCUACUUCCACAAUAUGGAGGAGGGUACCAUGCCCGUAUCUCGAGCCUUCCAACCUCCGCCUGGCCUGAUAUCGCAAGCCGAUGGGGCCGCCAGCAUGGCACCGAGUGCCGUCACCGGGGCGGGUCAAGAUGUUACAGACCACUUGAAAGUCCAGUUGCUGGUCAGAGCCUACCAAUCGACCGGCCAUCACAAAGCCAAGACCGACCCCCUGGGAAUUCGUGGCGAAGCCGAAGCAUUCGGAUACAGGAGACCCAAAGAACUCGAGUUGGAGCAUUACGGGUUCACCGAAGCGGAUCUUGAUCAAGAGUUUACACUGGGACCUGGUAUUCUCCCGAGAUUCGCCACGGAAUCGCGGCAGAAAAUGAAGCUCCGCGAUAUUAUCGCGGCCUGCGAAAGAACCUACUGCGGAUAUUACGGCGUCGAGUACAUCCAUAUCCCCGACCGAGAGCAAUGCGACUGGAUCAGGAACCGAAUCGAAGUCCCUACACCUUUCAGGUAUUCCGUCGACGACAAGCGCCGCAUCCUCGAUCGGUUGAUCUGGAGUUCCAGCUUUGAGGCCUUUUUGGCCACAAAAUAUCCCAACGACAAACGGUUUGGUCUAGAAGGCUGCGAGACUCUCGUUCCGGGCAUGAAAGCCAUGAUCGACCGCAGUGUGGACUACGGUAUCAAGGACAUCGUCAUCGGAAUGCCGCACAGAGGAAGACUGAAUGUGUUGAGCAAUGUCGUUCGCAAACCCAAUGAAUCCAUCUUUAGCGAAUUCUCGGGUACGGCUGAGGCCAGCGACGAAGGUUCCGGUGACGUCAAAUAUCAUCUUGGCAUGAACUUUGAGCGACCAACACCUUCCGGGAAGCGUGUGCAGCUUUCCCUGGUCGCCAACCCGUCUCACUUGGAAGCCGAGGACCCAGUGGUGCUGGGGAAGACUCGCGCGAUUCAACAUUACAACAACGAUGAGAAGAAACAUCAGACGGCCAUGGGGGUCCUACUCCACGGUGACGCCGCAUUCGCGGCCCAAGGUGUCGUCUACGAAACCUUGGGUUUCCAUGCUCUUCCCGCGUAUUCCACCGGUGGCACCAUUCAUAUUAUCGUCAACAACCAGAUAGGCUUCACGACUGACCCGAGAUUCGCGCGAUCGACGCCAUACUGCUCCGAUAUCGCCAAGGCCAUCGAUGCUCCCGUGUUCCACGUCAAUGGUGAUGAUGCGGAAGCGGUCACCUUCGUCUGUCAAUUGGCCGCGGACUGGAGAGCCGACUUCAAGAAAGAUUGCGUUAUUGACAUUGUCUGCUACCGGAAACAAGGUCACAAUGAGACCGACCAACCGUCUUUCACUCAACCCCUCAUGUACAAGCGAAUCGAAUCCCAGAAACCGCAACUGGACCGGUAUGUCGAGAAGCUGCUGCACGAAGGCACUUUCACCAAAGAAGAUAUCGAAGAGCACAAGAAGUGGGUUUGGGGAAUGCUCAAUGACAGUUUCGACCGAAGCAAAGAUUAUCAACCAACUGGCAAAGAAUGGCUCACGUCCGCCUGGAACGGUUUCAAAUCACCCAAGGAGCUUGCGACUGAAGUUCUGCCCCACCCUCCCACGGGAGUACCCGGUGACGUGUUGAGGGAGAUUGGAGACAAGAUUGCCUCCGUCCCCGACGGUUUCACCGUUCAUCGUAACCUGAGGCGUAUUCUUGCAGGCCGAAAGAAGGCUGUUGAAGACGGGAAGGGCAUUGAUUGGGCCACUGCCGAGGCUCUCGCUUUCGGUACUCUCUGUCUCGAAGGUCACCACGUCCGCGUGUCCGGCCAGGAUGUGGAGCGUGGUACCUUUUCACAACGACAUGCCGUUCUUCAUGACCAAGAAAACGAAGCCACUUGGACUCCUCUCCAGAAUUUGGCCAAAGAACAGGGAGCCUUCACCAUCUCGAAUUCGUCGUUGAGUGAGUUUGGGGUCCUCGGAUUCGAAUAUGGCUACUCUUUGUCGUCUCCCAAUGCGCUCGUCAUGUGGGAAGCCCAAUUCGGUGACUUUGCCAACAAUGCCCAAUGUAUCAUCGAUCAAUUCAUUGCAUCUGGUGAAGUGAAAUGGCUCCAAAGAUCGGGCCUUGUCUGCUCUCUGCCUCACGGCUAUGAUGGCCAAGGACCAGAGCACUCAUCCGGUCGCAUGGAGAGGUAUCUACAACUGUGUAACGAGGAGCCGCGUGUAUUUCCGUCACCAGACAAGCUCGACAGACAACACCAAGACUGCAACAUGCAAGUCGCCUACAUGACCACCCCGUCCAACUACUUCCACAUUCUCCGACGUCAAAUGAACAGGCAGUUCAGGAAACCGUUAAUUGUCUUCUUCUCCAAGUCUCUCCUCCGCCACCCGCUGGCGCGAUCCAAUAUUGAGGACUUCACGGGCGAGUCACAUUUCCAGUGGAUUAUCCCAGAUCCGGAGCAUGGCAACGCGAUCGCGGCGCCUGAUGAUAUUGAGCGCGUCAUCUUGUGUUCCGGUCAAGUGUACGCCGCCUUGCACAAGCACCGUGAAGAGAAAGGCAUCCAAAACACCGCCAUCACCCGUAUUGAACAGCUCAACCCCUUCCCAUGGGCCCAACUCAAGGAGAACUUGGAUACAUACAAGAAUGCCCAGACGAUCGUCUGGUGUCAAGAAGAACCACUCAACGCAGGUGCAUGGAGUUUCGUUCAGCCCCGUAUUGAGACAUUGUUGAACGAAACCGAGCAUCACAACAGACGACACGUCAUGUAUGCCGGACGUGAUCCUAGUGCGUCGGUCGCAACGGGGUUGAAGGCCAGCCACGCCAAGGAGGAACAAGCCCUGCUCGAGGAAGCGUUCCAGGUCAAACAAGAUAAACUGAAAGGCGAGUGA